UACACACUGUUUCUCCUACAUGGCCACCUCCAGGACUGGCUUCUCUGGAGCAGCUCUGACUCCUGAAGCCUCUCCCUGACCUCAGAGCCUCUGCAGAGGAAAGUCCCCCCGGGGCCCUGCCCCACGGCAUCAUGAUGGGGAAACUCCCCCUAGGGGUCGUCUCCCCUUAUGUGAAGAUGAGUUCGGGGGGCUCCACAGACCCCCUGAAAUUCUAUGCCACCAGCUACUGCACAGCCUAUGGUCGGGAGGAUUUCAAGCCCCGAGUAAGCAGUCACACAGGCACCGGCUACAAAUCAAAUUUCCAGCCCGUGGUUUCAAGCCAAGCCAGUCUGGAGGCCUUAGACAACCCGGCCAUGGGGGAACAAGCCCGGGACCAUUUCCAGUCCAUAAGCAGCCAGAGUUACCGCCCCCUGGAGGUGCUGGAUGGCAAGCAGCCCCUGCCCUGGAGCAUGCACCAGACCAGCUCAGGCUACGGGCGGGAGCAGCCCUGUGCCGGCCCCCCGACCAAGGAGGUCCGGAAGGUCCAUUUCGACACCCAGGAGCAUGGGCCUCAGGCCAUCACAGGGCUAGAACCCAGGGAAGUGCCCCUCCUCCACCAGCAGCAGGGCCAGGACUCCCUGGCGCGGGAGAACUUCCGAUAUGGCCCGCGCUUCAUGACUUCGGAGUACAAUUCCAAGUAUCUGAGGGAGCCUCCAGAUCAGCCAGAUCUGUUGCAGAAGAAAUCAAUCGGCGCCAAGGAGGGGAGCGGCUUCACCAAAGAGUCGCACCAGAGCCCCGUUGUCUUCCAGCCCCCCUCACAGGCUCUCCCUGGGGACCCGGCCCUGCUCCCAGGCCAGAGUGUCACCAAGUCAAGCUUCCUCCCCAAGACUCACCUGCAUGGAGAUGAGUUCCUACCUGUUCUGGCCAGAGGCUCCGGCCGGGAAACAGCCUUCAGCCGAGGGAAUGAAAGGGUUCUGAACCCUAGAGUGCCCCCUUCCCACCCAGAACCCAGCAGCCUGAGUCAUCAGCAGUUUCAGCCACCCCAUCGGAUGCAACAGACAAACGUUGCCCUGCUUGGCCGGGAGACUGUGGGGAAAAAGGAGCCCACAGGGUUCAGCCUUAACAACCCAAGCUAUGUCCAGAGCCCCUGUGAUCCUGACAGGGAUCAUCGAUUCCUGACCACCUACAACCAAGGGUACUUUGAGAACAUCCCCAAGGGUCUCGACCGGGAAGGCUGGACUCGAGGUGGCAUCCGGCCCCAGACGUCAGGAGGCUAUGCCCUAAGCCAGCCGGUCAGCCGAAUGGAAGCCACCCCCAAGCCCACGGAGAGCCUGCGGCACCUGCACCCCCACGUGGGAAGAACCCUGGCCUCAGUCGACCCCUUCUACAGAGACACGCCUCCCAGCAGCCGCUUCGUGGCACCCAGCUGAGCCCUGGGCCAUUGGUUUGUCAGCCCUAGGGACAGAAGCCAGCCAGGCUACUGUCUGUACCCCCACUCCAUCCCCCAUAGGGACCUCCCCCAGCUACCCUGCUAAUGAAAUAAAGAGCAUUGAAGCAGA